AUGAAGCUCGCUGUGCAAACCGCCCUGUUGGCGGCCUUGCUCUCGGCUGUCGACCAAUGCCUGGCAACAUCUCACCACCGGCAUCACCACCGCAGGCAUAGCAAGCCCGAAAUCAGCGACAGAAACACUACCGGCGAUAUCAUUCACCAAAAGAACCUCGAACUCAAAGCGCGCGGCCUUGAUACUUGCACGUUUCCUAGCUCUGAUGGUCUGAUCGCAAUCACUCCCGGCAGCGACAAUGCUGGAUGGGCCAUGAGCCCUGAUCAGCCUUGCACCUGCGGAAGCUAUUGCCCGUAUGCCUGCCCGCCAGGCCAGGUUUCGGCUCAGUGGAAGGAUGGUUCGACAUACGCGACUACCGAUAGAAUGGCUGGUGGACUUUACUGUGGUCUGGAUGGCAAGGCGGUCAAGCCUUUUACCAGCAAGCCCUUUUGCGUAGACGGCACCGGAACGGUCCAGGCUGUAAACAAGGUUGGCAAGGUUGUGUCCUUCUGCCAGACUGUCCUGCCUGGCAACGAGGAUAUUCUCAUCCCCAACGAUGUCUCCGAUACCUUGACCCUGGCUGUGCCGGACACAUCAUACUGGCAAUCGACUGCAUCUCACUUCUACAUCAACCCUCCCGGAGUCGACUCUGACAAGGGUUGCCACUGGGGAGACGAUUCCACACCUAUUGGCAACUGGGCUCCUUAUGUGGCCGGAGCAAACACUGAUGCAAGCGGAUUGACAUAUGUCAAGGUUGGCACCAAUCCCAUCUGGCAAGGUUCUAGCCUGUACGACACAAAACCCACUUUUGGACUCAAGAUCGAGUGUACUUCCGGCAGCUGCGUGGGCCUUCCAUGCACAGUCGACGGCAGCGGUGUCACCAGUGACCUCAAGGCCACUGGAGCUGGUGGCUCCGACUUUUGUGUGGUCACGGUGCCCAAAGGUGGACAGGCCAACAUUGUCGUCUAUAGCCUGGAUGGCUCCUCGGACAGUGCAACGACCUCAUCUGUCGCCACGACAACUUCCAAGGCGCAACCGACGACUACUUCGACCACGUCAACGUCAACGUCAACUAGCUCGACCACGUCCACGACUAGCUCGAGCAAGACCACCAGCACUUCCACGUCUUCUUCUUCGACUUCAUCAACGGCUUCUUCGACCACGCUCACACGCAGCUCAUCCAGUAGCCCCGCCAAGAGCUCGUCCUCUGCUGUUGUCAGUCUGGUGAUUGGUGGUAUCUUUCAGGAAAAUGGAACCACGACCGCUUCCGAGACGGGAAGCAGCAGUGCUCAAUCUACCGCGGCCGCAACCACCGGCGAUAGUGCCGGAUCUGGUGAAUCGAGCACUGGCUCCGCCCAGGCGACCGAGUCUUCCAAGAGCGAGAGCUCUGCCGCUCAAGGCAACGGCGCGAUCGCUGGCCUCAUUGUUGCCAUUGUUGCCGCUGCUUGCAUCUUAUAA